AUGGAGACGAUGUAUAAUAAUAGAGAUGAUGUAAAUGGUGAUGGAGAUGAUGUGAAAUACACAUUAGAUGAGCAAGGAGGUAAGCUGGAGAUCGACCGCAUAUUGGACCAGGAAAGUAUGGGAGCGACAGGUAGGGACUACCACAUGGGUCCGUGCAGUAGCUUCAACUCGCUGGUUUUCGGUGGACUCAGUCACAAAAUUUACAACAAUCAUAAAAUUGUGAAACAUCGUUUUUCCGGUUGUAUAAGAAAAUUGAACAUUGAUGGCAAACAUCCCAUCAUUCCACCUAAAUAUUUCGCUGUGUCGACAUGUGAAGAAUAA